CGACCUUUCCCUUUAUUUCAAUGAUAUGAGUUGAGAAACAGUAUUAAAGAAAGAAGUCUGAUUGGAGCUUCAGAAAGGCCUGCAAAGAGUUUUUUACUGCGUACAGGACUUCAGGGACCUGCUACCAGAGCUGCAUUCGGCUGAACCGUUGCCUCGACUAUGGAUCGUAAACAGGACAACUCAGCCGUUCUUGGACUAAGCUCACAACAGGCCCAGGAGAGACUACUGACCCAACUACACGAGUACGCUAUCAGCUGUUGCCGUGUCAACUGGCCCCGUGAGAUCAUACGCUCACCCUACGCUCUUAUCUCAAGUGUACUGACUAUUAUAGCAGCUAUUUUUCUGAUUGUGGAAUUCUUCGUUUCGGGGAGAAAGGAUGCAACAGUCCUGUUACAAGCAUUUAUCUUACUACUGUUUGUCGUUAUCAACAUUGUUCUAUUCGUAUGGGAAAUGUACAUACUAAAGACGAGACGAAUCAGACGUCUUCUCUCUCACAUCAAACCACUCCUUAGGACUAAUUGUCCAUGGACCGCUCGUUCGUACCCAAAGUCACCCAUUUCCACUCUGAGGGGAAAUUUCACUGUUUUGGCAUAUCGAGAUCGAGCUUGUGUGAAUCUACCCACCAGCCUUCUUGUUGAAGGUGAUGUGAUUGAACUGCAUCCAGAGGUACCCUCUCCAGCUAAAGUUUCUCUCCUGACUAGCUCACAAUUGUAUAAAGAACUCAGUUUAGAACUUGGACAAUUGCCUCCCUCCGAUGUAUUUGCUAAUGUGAAUAUUCCCGGUGGUAAUACCGUUAGUUUUAUUCCAGAAUCUGCUCCACCGAAAUGGACCGUUUUAGAGACUCCCAUCACCUCACUGCUGACUACCAAUGUGGCGAAACAUCGAUCAAAAACUGUGCUAACCAAAGAACGAAAUCGUGUUAUGGCUGCAAUGGAAUUACUGACCGUGAUAGUGUACUUGGUCUCCCUACUAUACAACAUUAUCAGGUACUACUCCCUUACGAGUGAUUUUGAAGACAGCUGGCCUGAAAUGCUCCUACGGCAACCAGUGUACACAGUGCUACCUAUUCUACUGGUACCCCUACCUAUUGUAUGGACUGUCGUCAAUCUCUAUGGUACAGCUAUAGUGACUCUUUUGAUCGAGAGUGAACCAACCUUCACAUCGAAUAAACGAGCUGACAGAAUCAAAAAAGUUUUCAUUACGUUCUCUCGAAUGUUCAAACUUUUAUGGAAUCACGCAAGUUACCCAAACUAUCGAUCUUUUCACAUCCUUGGCAGUUUAACUUCAUUGUGUGCCGUGGACAAAGAGAACUUGUUGACUGGGGGAUUCCCCACACCAGAGAAGGUGUUAGUGUUGAGGACGGAGGAUUUUGAGGAAGCUGAGAGGGCACAGCUGGACAAAAUGGAGAGUGCUGAGGAGCAGAGUGAAGAGCUGCUGCAGUCCUCUCUAAAAAACGCUGUCAAAGUGACUUUCACUGGCCCUGAUAGCAAAGCAGAAUCAUUUCAACCACCAAGCAUGCAAAACUCUCAAGACAGAAUGGAGGUCACCAACCCUCUCGCAGUCAAACUCGAUAUUGAAGAUUCCAUUUCUUCUACAGCUGCACAAACUUUAGACGUUAAGUUAAUAACUCCGGACAGUGUCAGUACCUAUUCCGAUUAUUCUCCCAUUCAAGUCGUAAAAGAGAUUCUGGACAUCUCCCCAAGUUUCGAGCAUGGUUCAGGCAUUUGUUUCGAUGAUGUGAACUGGAAGACGUACCUGGGAUCCCUCAAACCAGUAGGAGUCAACCUAUUGACAACCGCUCACCUAACCAAACAAAACUCCAACUGGCAACUUCCCAGCAUCUCCUCCCAGCUGAUUCGCCUCGUUGACCAGACCUCGUGUGCGUGCUCUCUUGGUCUGGAGAUUGGCGUGUCAGAUUACGCCUCUAAUUUAUUCGAGAAAAAAGUCUAUCUUUACAGUUUUGGUGAAUCCCCUCCCCUUAGCGCCCGCAGUCUUAAAACUGAGUCGUCUGCUGUUACUAUGAGUAGCUUGAAUGCUAUCCAACCACACAUUGUGUCUCUCGUUUUGAAGCCCGUUAAUUCGUCCAAUCAUCUCUUAAUGAGCAGGGGCAGUGGGGAUAUGGUUAUCUCGUGUUGUAGCGAUUUCUGGGAUGGACGAGAUCUUCAGCCGAUGACCGAUGUGGAACGGACGACCAUUUUGGAGUUUUAUACCAGACGAAGUAACACUGGCUACUGCAUUGCCCUAGCGUACAACCCACUGUUGUUAAGCAACUCUAUUCCCGAGAAGAGCAUCGGAAUGUUUGUACCUGCCUCGGAAAUGUCUAGAAGUUAUAGUGAAAUGAGCAUGAUGUGUUCGACUGUGGAAGAGUCCGCUCAGCUGAAAACAGCCUCUCAAGUAUUCGGAGCCCUUCAAUGCAAUCAAGUGUUUCUAGGUCUCGUUUCGUUUCAAUUUAAGCCAAAAAUGGACGUAGUUGCUCUUAUUGAAGACCUGCAAGUGGCCGGUAUUCGCUUUGUGCAUUUUACUUGUGAGAAUGAAGUCAGAGGGAAAGCAUUUGCACUGAAACUAGGAUUGGAAACGGACUGGAACUGUCAUAUUUCUCUUGCCCCCGAUGUCGAAUAUGCAAUGGAAAAUAUUUUCAGCUCUGGUUUGGGGCUGAGUAGAAGCAGCAGUACUAGCAGCCUCAAUUCCGUCAUUAACCCUUACAUGUCCAACUAUCGAGCAAAACUACCGAUCGGAAUCGAGAGUAUUCGACCGCACAUCGAGAACGUAGACAAUGUUCCCCUUCAAGUGCCUCUAUUUACCGAUUGCAACACGGAUACUAUCACAGAGAUGAUUAAAAUAUUACAGGAAAACUCUGAAGUUGUCCUCUGUCUGGGAAAUGCUUGGAAUCGGGAGAAUCUCUCAAUUUUUUCGCAGUCUGACAUCAGUUUGAGUUUGAUCCCUGAGUAUGUCAACACUUCAACGUGUGUGGAGACGGAAACGUGUGCCCUCAGUACCUCCACCUCCUCCCAGAGCACCAGCCUCCUGAGCAGGGAAGGGGUGUGGCCUAGUCCGCUGGAAAUGGCCGCGAAUCUCAACUCGACCACAAGUCAGCUGUGUUUCAAUCGUGACCAAGACGUCUCCCUCUUGUGUCUCAUUACAGAGUCUAGGCACAUCCUGAGCGUGAUCAGACAUGGACUGCUGUAUGGCCUGGGGUCGUAUCUAAGUGUAGCACUCCUACUGUUGCUGGCAGAGCUGUUCUUUCUCCCUCCUCCGCUUGAUGGCAGCCACUUGUUUUGGCUUGUGUUUUUUGUUAUUCCGUGCAUCUCAAUGUCGUUUCUAUGGACUCCAAAAGACCCGAGAAUUAAGUCACAGAUGCCGGCUAGAAAGAAGCAAAUAUUGAGCGAGAAGUAUUUAUUAUUGUCCGACUUUGUGGUGACCUUUGUCCCUACGAUUGCUGUGUGUUUACUGUUAUUUGGACUGACUCUAUCGGGAAUAUGCUUCAACGAUAUCCCUAAUUCAGACUGUCAUGUUUUACUGGGGAACAGAAAUGGGUCGUCUGCUUGGAACGGUUGGCGUGGAAACAGCGAACAAGGACUGUUAUUGGCUCAAGAUCUUGUAUCAUUCUUUCUUUGUUUGUAUCUAUCCUCUUACUCUCUCAGAUUCAUCCAUCGCACAAAACAAAUUUGGAAACUAUGGCGAUUCUUAUCAUGGCAGUAUAUUGUUGUCCUGCUUACUGUUGUUACCUUACAAGUCAUAUACUUUGCUGUAUCUCAAGCGUUUGCAACCACUGUCAGAAAUUUGCCGGUCAUUUCAAGCCUAUCUUCCAUUCCCUUUUAUGUAUGGAUUAUUGGUUUUCUGUGGCCAUUUGUCCUCCUAUUACCACAAGAGCUGCUCAAGUGGCAUGACAAGACGCAGGUGUUCAAGUUACAGACGAGACUCAAGCUAGACUUUGAAACUAAACUUGGUACCUACUCUCCAAUGUAGCAAUAUAAUUAAUUAUAACGUUUGUGGCUAAUUAACGUUUGUGCUUGUGUAUACUUUUUAUAGAUCUGUAUAAGUAUUAUGUGCUAUUUCAUAAUGUGUUUACUUUCCUCGAUUUUUAUGAAUCGUUAAUUAUUGCAAAAUUUA